AUGAUGUUAAACGUCGUAAAUUCGUCGAAAAGAAUAUUGAGUCCACUGUGCUUGAGCUGCCGAGUACCUGUAAUCUCAACAUGCUAUUUUAGCGAAGGAUUAGACCAGAAAUACAAUGAUAUAGAAAAGGAAAAAAUCUUGCAAGUUAUCAAUAAUUCAGAUGAUAAUAUUCUCUCGAGUUACGAAGUAAGCAAAGCCAAUCUAAAGAGGUUCUCACAAUGGAAAAGUAGUAAUGGACAGAUGAAAUCGUUAUCCGACAUAGAAUACAUAGAUGGAUUUUCAGAGAAAACUGCCAAUAAAUUAUUCAGAAGCAUACUCAGCGGUCCAUCUAAAGAAAAGAAGACAAAUGGCAAAAUUAAGGGGCAGAUAUUACAUCCGUAUUUAAACGAUAGUGUUUCGAAGGAAUGUAAAUCAGUAUCAUCAGUGUACAUAACAGUAAACUCAGUCAGUUGGACGUUAAUAGACAAGAGCAGCUAUGAAGUUCUAGAAUGGAAGUAUUUUGGCAUAGACUAUCCGGAGGGCAAGAGGUAUCAAAUCACAGACAUAUUGGAUAUCGCUUGGCGAGUAACACAGCAGCUCCCACAAGCUGACAUAUACGUGAUGAAGGCUGCCCCCACCACCUUGAGGGCGGCGGGCAGUGACCCCAACAACCCCAAGGUGUUAGCCGUCAACCUCCAGAAGGCACAGAUGGUGGCCAUGAUCGUAGCUUUAAUUAAUUCUAGAAAUGUAUCGCAGGAAUCAUCAAAUGAAGAAAAUGAAGGCAAUGUUUUGAAACAGAAAGUUUAUUUUCUAAGGCCUACACUUCCGUACAGAUUAUACGGCACCCUAGUAGGAAACGAAAGAGUAUCAACAGAUCAGACAGUGGAAAUCCUGCUGCAGGGGUUCAGCGAAAAAUCUUCGAAUAACUCACAUGCCUACAUUCCCAAACAUUUACAGGACAUGUUCAGGUCCCAAAAAGAUCUUCAAAAAGACAUGUUAGGUCAUUGUCUGCUAUUAAGCCUAACUUUUAUGGACCUAUGCAUUUACAAUAACAAUGAAAAAAUUGAAAAAUUAACUCGGCGUGGUGAGUAA